AUGGACGCUGCACAAUUUAGCCAGUUUCUCCAGGCUAUGAGAGAUAUGAUGAGCUUACAAAACAACGUUGGUGCUGCUGCACAUGAUUCCAGUUCAAUUUCAACGACGAUUAUCGCUUCGAAUUUUGAGGUUUUCAAUCCAGAUAAUGAAAAUUUUCUACAAUAUAUAGAGAGAUUCGAGAACUUUUGUGCUUUGAAGAAUUUAACCGACCCAGUUAUUCAGAAGAGGACAUUCUUGAAUUCAAUCGGACCUAAUCUCUACGACAAAUGUAAGCAUUUUCUAGCACCAAGAACCAUUGAAGAAUCCAGCUAUACAGACAUUGUCAAAGUUCUCAAAGUGAAGCUCGCACCUUCUGUUAAUGUUCUCGUGGGUCAGCAUCGCCUCUUGAUGAGAGUUCAACAACCUAACGAAAGUUGUUCUGAGUACGUGGCUGCAUUGCAAAAACUAGCCAUCGAUUGUCAAUUGAACUGCUCAUGUGGGUUAUCCGUCACUGACUUGUUUUUGAGAGGACAUUUUAUUCGAGGACUUAGAGACAAUAGCAUUCGAGAGAAACUUUUAGAGACCGAUUUGGAUUUCAGUGCAGUGGUAACAAAAACUUUAGCUUAUGAGACAGCUAAGAUUAAUGCCAACGAGGUUGCUCAAUCUUAUACUUCAAUCAAUUCAGCACAGACGAACAUCAACUUAAUUUCAAAAUCCAGACGUGAAUCCUCAAAGAAAGCCGGGUCACGAACACAUUCCAGAAGAAGAAACACUUCCAGCAAAAGAAAUGCCAAUUACAGAGUUAAUUUUAGAGAAAUCGGAAUUGAUGAUCUGUGUAUCAGAUGUGGUAGGAACAAUCACAUGUCAACAGAUUGUAGGGUAGCGCCUGACAAACUGAGAUGUGGUUCCUGUCACAAACAAGGGCACGUGUCAAAAGUGUGCAUAUCUACGCUUGUCAAGAAUAAAAAUCACCAGUCAACAUCCAGAACUGUAUCAAACAUCACAGAUUACGCUGAUUUCCAAUCAAAUUUUGAUCAGAGCGAUCUAAAUCUCAACCAUAUGGAAGUCGUUGAUUUGUUUUCCACAAAUUUAACAACACAGAAAUAUGAAGUUGAAGUAUUUAUAGCCAACAAAGCCGUGAAGUUUGAAGUUGACUCGGGUUCCGGAUAUACCCUGAUUCCCAUUAAUAAAUUCGAACAGCUGAAGUUGAAUAUCAAACUCCAGCCAUGCUCUUUGAAGUUCAGAACGUACGACGCCGGUAUUGUGUCACCUCUAGGAGUCAUCGACGUUCCAGUGAAAUUCAACAACAUCGAAUCUGUUGAACAACUGUUCAUUGUACCGGAGGGGUUUUCAUCAUUGAUUGGUCGAACGUGGAUUCGGCGUCUGCAUAUAAGCCUUCAAGAAAUAGACAAAGUCAUCAAUCAGUCAAUCAAAAAUAAUAUUCAAGAUGUUUUCCAGGUAAAAUCAGUUGACCAAUUUGUGAAAUUAUUUCCAAAAAUUUUCGAGCAGUCAGUAGGCAAGAUUCCAGGUGUCAAGUGCUCUUUACAGCUCAGAAGUAAUGCAAGGCCAGUUUUCAUCAAAGCAAGAACCAUACCGUUUGCUAUUCGUGACAAAGUCGAACGUGAGCUUUCCAUGCUGGAGAAAGACAACAUAAUCACAGCCAUCGACAAAAGUGAUUGGGGAUCACCCAUAGUAGCUGUGCCAAAACCAGAUGGAAACGUUAGGUUAUGCUUUGACUAUAAAGUUGCUGUCAACAAACAGCUCACAGACGCGCACUACCCGAUUCCCCGAAUUGACGAAAUAGUGAACAACCUCAGGAAUUCAAGAUACUUCUGUAAAUUAGAUCUAUACAAAGCAUACCUUCAUAUUGAAGUAGAUGAAGUAAGUGCGAUGGUUCAAACAAUUUCAACGCACAAAGGCACAUUCAAAAUGAACCGCUUAAGCUUUGGCAUCAAAUCAGCUCCGAGUGAAUUUCAUCGAAUCUUGGACCAAAUUUUAAACGGCCUAACCGGAGUUGUUUCAUACUUCGACGAUAUCAUCGUACAUGGCGAAUCCCUAAGAGAAUGCGAAGAUAAUCUAUUGAAAUGCUUCCAGAGACUUCAAGACAAUGACUUGCAUAUAAAUAGAUCAAAAUGUAAAUUUUUUGCAACCAAGAUAUCGUACCUUGGUUACCUUAUAUCGUUCAAGACAAUUGCUAAAGAUCCAAAGAAAGUUGAAGCUAUUCUCGAUGCACGAAGACCAACUAAUGAGAAGGAAGUAAAACAAUUUCUUGGACUAGUGACUUACUAUAGUAAAUUCAUCCCCAACCAUUCAACUAUCACAGCCCCGAUUCGCGAGCUACUCUGUAAGGAUUCCGGUUUUUUCUGGUCAGCGAAAUGUGAAGCAGCAUUCAUCAAGCUUAAACAUUUGAUCGGAAGCGAACAGACGCUUGUUCCAUAUGACCCUUCACUGCCAGUCACUGUUGCUUGCGAUGCCAGCCCUGUGGGAGUAGCCGCUGUUCUUUCUCAUAUCAUCGAUGGAGUCGAGAAACCGAUCUGUUUCGUAUCAAGGUCCCUUUCAAAGUCUGAGAUGAAUUAUAGCCAAAUUGAUCGCGAGGCCUUGGCUAUUGUAUUUGCACUUGACCGACUUUUUACUUAUUUAUAUGGUAGAAAGUUUACGCUCAUCACGGACAACAAACCUCUGGCAAGAAUAUUCCAUCAUCAUAGUAAUUUGCCACCCAUGACAGCCGCUAGAUUGCUCAGGUACGCAAGUUAUUUGUCUAAUUUUAACUAUGAAAUAAUUCAUCGAAACGGCGACCGAAAUGUCAAUGCCGAUUAUUUCUCAAGAAAUCCGGUCAGUAAAACUUCCAAAGAACAUUCUACAAUCGAUGAUGAAAUCUUUCAGCUCCAAAACAAUUCAUUCAGCUACAUAUCUUCAACCAACGUCACUAGUCAAAUGAUAGCACAAGAAACAUCUAAGGACCCUGAUCUGACAAAAAUAAUAAAAGAAAUCAACGCCGGAACAAGCUAUUUACAGGAAUAUACACUGCAAGGUAACAUUUUAUUCCGAGAUUCACGAGUAUACAUCCCAAAAAUUUUUCAAAAGACAAUAUUGGACGAACUUCAUGUAACACAUCCAGGCAUAGUUCGCAUGAAACAGCUAGCGAGAAGAUACUGUUACUGGCACAAUAUUGAUCGAGAUAUUGAACAAGUAGUACGGUCAUGUCAAGCCUGCGCCCUGAACCAAAAAUCUCCAGCAAAAGCACCAACACAUCAUUGGGAAGAACCACAGGAAAAUUUUCAAAGAGUUCACAUUGACUACGCUGGACCCAAAAAUGGUAAUUUCUACUUUAUAUUAAUUGACGCGAAGUCUAAAUGGCCCGAGGUCAGAGCAAUUAAGAAAGCACCGGACACGUCCACAACAAUGUCUCUUCUAGAGGACAUAUUUUCCUUUCACGGUUAUCCAAAUUUCUUGGUAUCCGACAAUGCAACGAUUUUCAAAAAUCAGAUAUUCGAUAAAUACUGCAAGGACCGAGGCAUCACUCAGAUAUUCAUUGCGCCAGGACAUCCUGCAACCAAUGGACUUGCAGAAAGGUUUGUCCAGACAUUAAAAAUAAAGCUUGAAAAGAUGGAGAAUAACUCGGAUCAUCUAAAUCAAAUACUACAAUUAUUCCGAGCCACACCGUUGUCUUCUGGGAAAAGUCCAGCAGAGCUGUACCUGCAUCGUCAGCUACGUAUUCGUUUAGAUGCGAUAAGACCUACUAAAGAGUUACCAUCAACUGUUCCACAAAAUGGUACGAUACGUAGUCUCAAAACUGGUGACCGAGUAACUGUUCGAGUUUACAGAAACAAUAAACCAGCAUGGGAACUAGGAUUCAUCACGCAAAAGUUGGGCUCAUUACAUUACAUUGUUAAAUUAGACAGUGGUUAUAUAUUUAAAAGACAUAUUGACCAACUCAGACUCGUGAAUGUCCCAGCUCCGAAGCCAACAAUCCAGAAGACUCCAACUCAACAACCUAUCGUACAAGAUCGUCGGACAGUUUCAUUUUCAGAUCAUGAUGUGAUAGUGUGCCAUCAUCCGGUAUCUCAAGCACCAUCAUCAACACAGGCUGCAACUGAAACUCCAACUUCACGUCCUCAAGCAUCAGCAAAAGCUGUAACUAGAACUGUACCUCCACAUCCAGAGGUCCACACUCCACGACGUUCAGGAAGACAAACCAAACGCCCUAUUAGAUUCCAAUAUUAA